ACCAUGAGGAACAUCUUCAAGAGGAACCAGGAACCCAUCGUGGCACCUGCCACCACCACGGCCACGAUGCCGGUUGGUCCUGUGGACAACUCCACCGAGAGUGGGGGUGCCGGGGAGAGCCAGGAGGACAUGUUUGCCAAGAUCAAGGACAAGUUCUUCAAUGAGAUCAACAAGAUACCCCUCCCGCCCUGGGCGCUGAUCGCCAUUGCCGUGGUCGCCGGCCUCCUGCUCCUCACCUGCUGCUUCUGUAUCUGUAAGAAGUGCUGCUGCAAGAAGAAGAAGAACAAGAAGGAGAAGGGCAAGGGCAUGAAGAAUGCCAUGAACAUGAAGGACAUGAAGGGCGGCCAGGAUGACGACGACGCAGAGACAGGCUUGACCGAAGGGGAAGGUGAGGGAGAGGAGGAAAAAGAGCCAGAGAACUUGGGCAAGUUGCAGUUCUCCCUCGACUACGAUUUCCAAGCCAACCAGCUGACCGUGGGUGUCCUGCAGGCUGCUGAGCUACCUGCCCUGGACAUGGGGGGCACCUCAGACCCCUACGUCAAAGUCUUCCUCCUUCCAGACAAGAAGAAGAAAUACGAGACCAAAGUGCAUCGGAAGACACUGAACCCUGCCUUCAAUGAGACCUUCACCUUCAAGGUGCCCUACCAGGAGCUGGGAGGCAAGACCCUGGUGAUGGCCAUCUAUGACUUUGACCGCUUCUCCAAACAUGAUAUUAUUGGAGAAGUCAAGGUGCCCAUGAACACAGUGGACCUCGGCCAGCCCAUCGAGGAGUGGAGAGACCUGCAGGGUGGCGAAAAGGAGGAGCCGGAAAAGCUCGGUGACAUCUGCACCUCCCUGCGCUACGUGCCCACAGCUGGCAAGCUCACCGUCUGCAUCCUGGAGGCCAAGAAUCUCAAGAAGAUGGACGUGGGCGGCCUUUCAGACCCCUACGUGAAGAUCCACCUGAUGCAGAAUGGCAAACGGCUCAAAAAGAAGAAGACAACGGUGAAGAAGAAGACCCUGAACCCCUACUUCAACGAAUCUUUCAGCUUUGAAAUCCCCUUUGAGCAGAUUCAGAAGGUCCAGGUUGUGGUCACUGUGCUAGACUACGACAAGCUGGGCAAGAACGAAGCCAUUGGCAAGAUCUUUGUGGGCAGCAAUGCCACGGGCACGGAGCUCCGGCACUGGUCCGACAUGCUGGCCAAUCCGCGGAGGCCCAUUGCCCAGUGGCACUCGUUGAAGCCUGAGGAGGAGGUGGACGCGCUCCUGGGCAAGAACAAGUAGGCGACAGUGGCGAUGGCCAGGGCCUCGCCCUUUACGGACCCUGACGAGAUCCAGAGCUCUCAAUACCUCAGUUAUGCGACCUAGAGGUGUUCCCAUCCGUCCGUGGUUGUGUCCUUGUCCUCCCAUCCUUUCUCUUUUUAAAUGCCCUCUUCCCUUGGAUGGCUGAGUGAGGAGAGUCCCCUGAGAGGUGAUAGAGAAGCCUGGCUCUAUUGGUUGUCCCAGGAGCGGUCAGCUGCAUGUGUUUGUCACUGAGCCCCCCUCACCACCUAGGAACUUCAUUCAUGCCUCACCCUGCCCAGGCCUGCCACUGGCACAAAAUGGCAGCACUUCCUAUUGUCAGCGUGUGUUCCAGACCCACAACAUGGCGGCACUUCCUGUUUCCUGACAGUGGCUGCAGCCCACAGGCCAGUGGUGGAUGUGGAUGCGUGGUUGUGUCCGUGUGUCUG